CUGCUCGGCGACACCACAUGCGGAUGCGUGAGCGCGAGCGGAUGGCUGAGACUCGGCGUGGAGAGCUGCACUCUCAUCUGGCAACGGACAGGAUUGAGUUUGGCGCCCAUGUCUCCAACGAUCGUGUCCAAGCCAAGCGGAGGAUGCGUGAGAUGCGCGCGGCUCAGCAGGAGGCUCAGAUGGCUGCCGAGGUCGAGCGGACUGGUGCAGCUCGUGAAGCCGCCGCUCGCCGACGUGCCGAAGAAGUUGCGCUCGCCAACGAGGUCGAGCGCCGCAAGGCCGACGCACUGAGAGACGCCAAGCUCCGCCAGCUCAUCCGCGAGGACUCGGCGGAGCUCCGCGAGCUGCAGUCGCGGCUCAAGGCCGCGUAUCUGACCAAGGAGCGCGCGGCGCAGAUGGCCGAGAAGGAGCUCAUGUUCCAGCAGCGGGUCGCCGAGGAGCAAGCCCGUGACCGCCAGCUGCUGGAAGAGUGGCAGCGCGCCUUUGUCGACGAGGACGCCCGCAUGGCCGCCAACGCUGCCAAGGCCACCGCCUACCGCGAGUCACUGCAGGAGCAGCUCGAAGCCAAGGAGGCUGCCAAGGAGGCUGCCUAUGAGGAGUUCCUCCGUGAGAAGGCCAUGAUCGACGAGAUCGUCGCCAAGAUCCAGGCCGAAGACGACGCUUCCGCCCGCGAGCGACUGGAGAAGCAGCGCGAGACCCGCGAGUACAUCGACGAGUUUAUGCGCCAGCGCGAGGCCAUCAAGACCGCCGAGCGUGCACGCAUCGAGGCCGAGAACGUCGAAAUCGCCGCAUAUGUCAAGCAACAAGAGGAACGCAAGGCGCGCUUCGAGGCCACCCGUCGCGCCAAGGACGCCCUCCGCGAGCGUGUCCGUGAGCAGCAGGCUGCCGCCAUUGCCCAGCAGGAGGCCUCGCGCCGCGAGCUCGAAGACCUCCGCCAGGAGCUCCAUUGGGAGGAGCAGGAGGCUGCUGCCCGUGCCCGCGAGCGCGCCGAGAUGGAAAAGCGCAUCCGCCAGCGCAUCGAGAUGCAGGCGUCGUACAAGGAGCAGAUGGAGGCCAAGGCCCGCAGAGCGCAGGCCCGCCGCGACGAGGAGGAGGCCUUCCGCGCUGCCAUGCUCGAGAAGUUUGCCCAGGACGAGAAGCUCGAGCAGAUGGCCGCCAACAAGCGCCGCAUGCGCCAGAUCCAGCAUCGCCGCGAAGUCGACGAGCUCAUUCGCCAGCGCCGCGAAGCUUACGAGGCCGAGCUCUCUGCAGAGCACGACCGCCGCGCCCAGGAGCGCGAGUUCGAGGCCUAUCGCGCCGCCAUCAUCGAGGAGGAGCGCCAGCGCCUCAUCAAGGAGCACGCCUCCAAGCUCCUCGGCUACCUGCCCAAGGGCGUCCUCAAGGAUGCCAACGACGUCAACCUUCUCCCGGAGGAUCUCCGCUCCGGGUUCAAGCCCAAGCCCAAGCCGUACGGCUCCUCAGGCCCGGCCCCGCCCUGGGCCACCUCCUCCGCAGCCUCCCGCCCGGCCGCUUCUGCCCUGGCCUCCUCCGAGGGCAACUUCCUUGCUCAUCCCGUCGCCGCGCACUCGCCGUACCAGACCACCAAUCAGGCCAACUUUGCCCCGCCGCCGCAGGCCGCUGCAGGCCGCCGUCCGGCACACGCUGCGCCUGACUACCGCAACCGGCCCUUCCACCUGUAG